AUGGACGGGGCGGCUCGGCGGGGGGCCCCGUCGGCUCUGCUCCUGCUGCUGCUGCUGGGGGGCGCCGCGGGCUCGCCGACGCCUCCCGGAGCCGGCCCGCCCGACACCUGCACCUCGUGCGGCUUCCGCGGGCCCCCCGACGAGUCGGGCGCGCCCGACGGCGACUUCUUGCAGGCCGUCAAGAGGCACAUCCUGGGCCGCCUGCAGCUGCGCCAGCGGCCCAACAUCACCCGCGCCGUGCCCCGGGCCGCCAUGGUCACGGCGCUGCGCAAGCUGCACGCCGGCAAGGUGCGCGACGACGGGCGCGUCGAGAUCCCCAGCCUCGACGGCCAAGCCAGCGCCGGCCCGCCGGCCCACGAGCAGACCUCCGAGAUCAUCAGCUUCGCCGAGACAGAUGACCUGGCCUCCUCCAGAGUGCGUCUCCACUUCUUUAUCUCCAACGAAGGGAAUCAGAACUUGUUUGUCGUUCAGGCCAGCCUGUGGCUUUACUUGAAGUUGCUUCCCUAUGUCUUGGAGAAAGGCAGCCGGCGAAAAGUUCGAGUCAAAGUGUAUUUCCAAGACCUGGACGCUAAGAACAAGUGGAAUGCGGUUGAAAAAAAAGUGGACCUCAAAAAAAGUGGUUGGCAUACAUUUCCCAUGACGGAAGCAAUCCAGGCUCUGUUUGAGAAAGGAGAAAGGAGACUGAACUUGGACGUUCAGUGUGAAGGCUGCGAAGAGUUCUCCGUGCUGCCAGUUUAUGUGGAACACGAGGACGAAUCUCACCGGCCUUUUGUGGUGGUGCAAGCCCGGUUGGCUGACAACAAGCACCGAAUCCGGAAAAGAGGCCUGGAAUGCGAUGGCAGGACCGAUUUAUGUUGCAGGCAACAGUUUUACAUUGACUUCAGACACAUCGGGUGGAAUGAUUGGAUCAUAGCGCCGUUGGGUUACUAUGGGAAUUAUUGUGAGGGGAACUGCCCAAACUAUUUGGCUGGCAUCCCGGGAUCAGCUUCUUCUUUUCACACGGCGGUUGUGAAUCAGUACCGCAUACGAAAGCUGAACCCAAACGCCGUGAACUCCUGCUGCAUCCCAACCAAACUUAGCUCCAUGUCCAUGUUGUACUUUGACGAUGAAUACAACAUCGUGAAGAGGGACGUUCCUAACAUGAUCGUGGAAGAAUGCGGUUGCGCCUGAUUUGGAGGGUGUUUUUGAAAGGGGAGGGAAUAGGGGGAGGCAAGUAUGUUCUCACAGUGAAUGGAAUUGGAGGGUGUUUUGCUGUGUUUCUUCCUUCCAGGUGUGGAUGUUCAAGUCACUGCAGAGGCAGCGGCGGCAACAACAACAACAAAGAUAUAUUGUCAUUUUAAUCCGUUGUCAGGACAGUGGCAGUUUGUGGCUCUCGGACACGAAAAUGUGCUACCACUUAUAAAUGAAUGCUAUGAAGUACCUUAAUUCCACCCACACCCCCAAGGACACAGGUACAUCCAUGCACACACACUUGCACAAAGCAGCUUGGUGGAGGAGGAAAACUGGUCACAGGAAGGUAGUCAUGUCUGCCAGUGGUAAAAAGGUGAAUGAGGCAGUCACCUUUUCUUCUAUUGGCCAGCCAUGUUUGGGAGGGAACCACUGGGAAGUGCAAGUUAACCCCCACCCCACCCCCCAAUCUAAUAUAUUCUCACACAGAGUUAUUUAAGGGACCAAACAUACCAAUGAGCACCAUCACCUCUGAGGUGUAAAAAAGGCUGCCUGCUUGAACAAGGUGAGCCCUUCUGACUGAGGCUAAAUAAUAUUUUUGUUUUUACAAAAUCCCAAAUGGCUUAUCGCACUUCCAGUGGAGAAUACUGAUAAAACUCAGAGAGAGAGAGAGAGAGGAGAGAAAGAGAUAAAUAUAUACCUGAACAGGUACGUGAUAACAGUGGCAGUGUGCCUCUGAAUGAUGAAUUGGUGUGAUUCCAUGUUUUAACACGCUACUAGAUUCUCCCAUCCCCUCCAUGGCUUGCGUUCCCUGCCGUGUGAUCCAGAAAGGAGCUGAGCCAUCCUUCUCCCUCUCAUCCGUCUUCAUGUUCCUCAGAACAAAGGCAACAUGAAACGUUGCAACUUGUGUUCCACUGCAGGGGACUCAGCAAGAGCAUGUUUGGGAGAAUCAGGGAGGAGGACAGGGAAAAAACAACCUGUGAUAUGACACAUCAACCGAAGACUCCUUAAGAGGAAAUACGGUCACACAAUGGAUACAUUUCUGGGGAGAGAAAACGCAGUACAUUUUGUAACGGGCAGGGGACAUUUUAACAAAUCUUAGGGAAGCGAAAGAGGAAGCGUGAGAGUCAGACCAGGGCGUUUGUAUUCCAGUUUCCUUCCCAGAGGGUACUGAGGUUGGCUGCAGAGCUCCGAACCCAUCGCUACAGCAUCGCACUCACAACCUGCUUGAAUGCACGUUAUUAUAGCACUUGCCGAUUCCAAUGCCUUGAAUGGUUGGCACUUGACUGUGUACUUCCCUUUGCUCACUGUCUCUAGGUUAUAAGCAAGUGCCGCAUGAGCUAUGCAAUUUAAAGCGUUGACCCAUACUAGAAGAAAACUGGACUGAAAUGAGAUGACUUUUUAUAUUUUUUUUAUACUUGAAAUUAAAUCUUUUGCUUCUUCUUUUUUUUUUUUUAAAGUGAACGAUUGCUUUUCAUGUUUGCACUGACGUAGCUGCACGACUUAGUUAAAAGAAACUGCUAUUCGGGGGGGAAAAAAGGGUUAUUUUUAUAGCAGCAAGAAAAAAAAAUGAAUACAGUGAAAUGUAUUAUACAUAACAUUUUGGAACCAAAGAGGCCAACGUAUUAAUUGUAAUUUUUUUUCUCCAAGUGGCAAGGCCAUUAUAUAUCUAUAUAUCAUGUAAUGAUGCAGAACGAUCUCUUGUGAGGCCUACCAAUUUGUGUUUUUCAGGGUACAAAUGGAUUCCGUUGUGUUUGAGUCAGUGUCUUUUCGAGACCAUCAUACAUAGCAGGCAUUGCAAGAUGUGCAUACCUUUUUUUUUUAAAAAAAGAAAGAAAGAAAACCCAAUUGUUGCUUAUUUAAUAAACUCCCUUGUAGA